AUGGCUGCUGAAACAGAUUCAUUCGUGGACAGUUUUCGUUUGGAAUCCCUACGAAACGCAAUGGACAUCUACGGCAUCAGCAAACGAUACCGGAUCGAAAAACUUUUUGUAGAAUGUCAAUCUUUCAUAAUUUACGACUUGAACUUGUCAAAUGUUUGCCGAAUACACGAUUUCGCUUGCGAACAAAUGGACAGAUGGCUGCAGUAUCACUGCUGGGAAUUUUUCGAUGAAGAAUGGAAAGAGAUAUUUCUCGCGGACGACUUUUUACAAUGCAAAAGGACGACGAUCGACCGAUUACUCUCUCGUCCCGUUUACGAAUCAUUAACGGAAGUGUCUUUGUUCCUCGCAGUUUACAACUGGGUGAAAGUUCGUCUGCAACGACGAGCGGAAGUAAGUGGAGAAUUGCCUCCGAACGACGCUACCCAAAUGGAAAGAUGUAGAAUAAACAUGGAGCCGUUCAUUCCCAAAAUUCGGUUUCUGGCCAUGAGUGAGAAAGAGCUGAGAAAUGUGGUAUUCCCUUUGAACUGUUUAAGCGAAGUAGAAAAACAAAGCAUAACAAAGUCCGAGCAAAGAUGA